AUGGUGGUUGGAAAUGGUGGUGGUAGUGAUGACGGAAAUGAUGGAGGUGGUGGUAAGAGAGAUGUAGAUGGUGCAUCAUCAUCAUCUUCAUCAUAUAAUUAUGAUGAACAGCAAGAGACUUACAUUGUUCAUGUCUCUAAAUUAGACAAACCGUCCAUUUUUGCAUCCCACCUUGAUUGGUAUACUUCCGCACUCCAAUCCCUUCCUCCUCAUCUUUCUUUGUUGUCCCAUCCUGGAGAGGUUAUCAUGUAUACUUACAACCAUGUUACCCACGGUUUCGCUGCUGGACUCACACCUUCUCAAGCCUCUUAUCUUCGUAGUUUCCCGGGAAUACUUUCGAUACUCCCUCAACGAAUUCACCAAAUCCAUACAACUCGUACUCCAAAUUUCCUUGGUCUGAAUGAAUAUUCUGGUCUAUGGGCUGACUCAAAAUACGCUAGUGACAUCAUCGUUGGAGUUCUUGAUUCCGGAAUCUGGCCUGAAAGUCAGAGUUUCAAUGACUCGGGUAUAACCGAUCCUGUGCCGAAGAAAUGGAAAGGUGUCUGUGAGACUGCACCUGAUUUUCCCAACACAUCUUGCAACAAAAAGAUAAUCGGUGCUCGAACAUAUUACAAAGGAAUUACGUUAAACGAGAAGAAAGACACAAAAUCACCAAGAGAUACAGAAGGACAUGGAACACAUACAGCAUCUACCGCUGCUGGAUCUGUUGUUAAGAAGGCUGGAUUCUAUGAAUACGGUGUUGGAGAUGCAAAAGGAAUGGCAACGAAGGCCAGAAUUGCUAUAUACAAGAUAUGCUGGAGCAAUGGAUGUGCUGAUGCUGAUAUUAUGGCUGCAAUGGAUCAAGCUGUGGCUGAUGGAGUGGAUGUGAUUUCAUUUUCUGUUGGUGCCAACGGAUUAGCAGUUCCGUAUGAUGAAGAUUCAAUUGCAAUUGCAGCAUUUGGUGCUGUGGAGAAAGGAGUACUAGUUUCUGCGGCUGCAGGCAAUGCAGGUCCUGGUCCUUCUACAACCGUUAAUAUCGCACCUUGGUUUCUAACUGUUGGAGCAUCUACAAUCGACAGAGAGUUUCCCUGUAAUGUGGUUUUAGGCGACGGUAGGAUUUUUAGUGGUGUUUCAUUAUAUUCUGGCACGCCACUUGAAAACAUAGAAACAGAAUUAGUCUUUGCUGGUGAUAUUGCUGUUGGGGAAUCUUGCGCAGAGGGGGAGCUAAAUUCAACCCAAGCCGCCGGAAAGAUUGUUCUUUGUGGUUAUGGUAAUUCCGUUGCCCAGGGAAAUGCAGUCAAAUUAGCUGGUGGUGUUGGAUUCAUUACAGCCAACCGGAUUGACUACGGGGAUGGAGUGACUGCUGAUUCACCUACAAUUCCAGGAGCUAAGGUGACCUUCAAUGAUGCGGUUGCAAUUGUGCGCUAUAUUAAAUCACAACAAAAACCAGUAGCGUCAUUCGUCUUCAGAGGAACUGUAACUGGUUCUUCUCCUUCAGCUCCUAAAGUUGCUUCAUUUUCUAGUCGUGGCCCUAACCAUAUAACACCAGAAAUUCUCAAACCGGAUGUUAUCGCACCAGGUGUUAAUAUCUUGGCUGCUUGGACUGGCGCUACUGGUCCAAAAGGCUUAGAUUUCGAUAAAAGACGGGUCGCGUUCAACAUUAUUUCUGGUACCUCCAUGGCAUGCCCUCACGUGACCGGAUUAGCUGCAAUGCUUCGGAAGGCUUAUCCUAACUGGACUCCAGCUGCAAUCAAGUCUGCUCUUAUGACUACAGCGUAUAACUCAGACAACGCAGGUAAACCAAUUACUGAUCUGGCUACUGGAAACAUUUCAAAUCCAUUCCAACAUGGUGCUGGACAUGUUGACCCCAACGAAGCCUUAAAUCCGGGUUUGGUAUACGACAUUCAACCAAGUGAUUACGAAGCGUUCCUCUGCUCCAUGGGGUACAAUCAAAAACAAAUGGCGCUCUUUAUCAAGGAUAGAAAGGUCGAUUGCGGGUUACACAAAUUGGCUGCAGGUCCAGGCGAUCUGAAUUACCCAUCCUUCUCCGUUGUUUUCAAGUCACCGAAUGACUCAGUUGUCAAGUACAAGAGAGUGGUCACUAAUGUUGGGAGGCUGGCAUUUGGAAUCUACAGAGUGAAGGUAAAAAGUCCACCAUCAGUUAAAAUCAGUGUUUGGCCAAGCUUACUUAUAUUCGCCUUGCCAAACCAGAAAUUGUCUUAUGAAGUCACAUUCAAAAGCUUGAGCAAAAAUGAUAAUACUACUAAGAUGGAGUUUGGGGCAAUCGAAUGGAUUAGUACUGUGCAUGGUACCGUGCGCAGCCCUGUUGCUGUAAUGUGGCCAGCUCCAGCUGCUGAGGCCUCUACCACUAGUUUGAUUUCCUCGAAGAAAGGAAAGAGAACUAAUCCCUAUCUAGAUGAAGAUUUGAGAACUCCCACCCCUCGUGGUAGAAUACAUUUGGAUUUCCGACACUGUGGUACUAAAAAUGCUAAAAAUGCUAGUAAUGUAAUCCAAGAUGUUAAUAAAGAGAUGAUGGAGAAUGAUGAAGAACAAAAUGAUGAUGAAGAAGAUCAAGGAAAUGAAGCCACUACAAAUGAAGAGGUUGAAAAACAAAGAAAACAAGUUGAAGAUGCAGAAGAAGAGGAGUUGGAAGAGGAAGGACAAGAGGAAGAGGAAGAAGGGGAUGAUCAUCGUGAUGCAAUUCGUCUUAUUCAUCGUCAAAAGGCUUCCAAUUGGGAUCUUUCGAAGGAGAGUCAAGAGUUUCAGGACAAGGUUAAAGAAUGCGUGUUAUGGAGAGCCCUUGAGUUGGCACAUAAGGACUUUGACACUGUUGUCGUUUCUGCAUUUCUAGAGAGGCAUUAUCCGGAGAGAUAUACCAUGCAUAUUCCAUUUGGAGAGAUGACAAUUACUCCUGAUGAUUGCAUGAGAAUCACCAUCCUACCAGUGGAAGGUAAAUGUCUUCGAGAAGGCUACAACCAAUCGAUGAGUUAUGAAGCUCUUGAGGCAUUGACUGUAAAGUGUCUAGGAUGGGAUUCAGGAAAGGCCCAAUGUGAGUUUAGACGUUCCGUGAAGGAACCUAAACGUGGAGAUGAGUAUAAUCCAAAGGAAGAAAAUAGAUCUUCGAAGAAGAUGAUGAGGAAAUUCAAGCUGGUAAGGUUAAAGGAAGCAUUUGCGGAUACAACUAAGAAGGUAAAGAGUGGACGGUUGGUGAUGUACGAGGAGAAUCUUAAGCACCAUGUCACUGCUUAUUGGUUAUAUCAGCUAGGAACUGUUAUUUUCUCUGACACUUCUGGAAAUAAGGUGGAUGCACAUUAUCUACAGAUUUUGGAGAAUCUCGAUGAGAUUAACAACUACUCAUGGGCCACCGGGGUGCUUACAUUUGUGUUAGGACAGAUGGAUAAAGGGUCGAGGAUUAAGACAACUCAAAUUGGAGGUUACUUAACUCUUAUUCAGGUUUGGAUCUACGACCACUUCACUUCACUGAAAUUGGCUACGGAAAAGAAACCUUAUCCCUAUGGCCAACCUACAGCAGGAAAAUGGGUGUUUUUGGAUGCACUAAAGAAGUCUAAAGAAGAGCAGUUGGCUUCGUUGAGGGAGAAAUUGGAUAAUUUGAUGGUGAUCGAUGUGGUGUUUCACCCAUACACGGUACCCGAUGAUGAAGAGGUACCUGAAGACGACAUGCAAGGUUACUUAGUCGUCCCGGGUUACUAUGGACCAAUUUGGUAUCCUAACGGCUACGCAAUCUAUAAUCCAAGGAGAGUACUAAGACAACUUUCUUGUGUUCAAAUGGAUCCAAAUGUGGAGAAAGAAAAUUUCGAGUUGCAGGUUCGAGGAACAAAGAACACCGAGAACUAUUUUAUCCCAAAAUACGAACCAACUCCCACGGUGGAACAUUGGAAUAAUUUAAAGAAAUACUACAUAUCUAGAGCUGAUUAUGUACCUUGUGGUGAAGAUGUAAAUGCAUGCGAAGAAAAUUACAUGGAGUGGCAUCAAGAGAUUAAUCAUCCUUUUGUGAUUAAUAAAGAACAACAAUCUCGUACUGAUAAGGCGAAGGCGAAGGCAAAGGACAGGGAGGCUAAGAGAGCUCAGAAGGAGAUGCCUAUUUGUGGAGAAGAAGCCGUGAAGAAGGGUAAGAACUUGUUAAAGAAAUGGAUGACUCGAAUCCGUAGUGGAGAUUCGAUUUCGGCAGAGGAACAACCCGUGAUCCAUGGCCAAUGGGAGGAACUUAUAUCUCAAAUAAUGGUGGAGGAGAGUUGGUCUAAGAAAUUCAAGAGGGGUCGACAACAAGGAGAAGGUUCAAGCUGCGACGCUCGUGGAGGAGAUGGAUCCGGUGGAGUUCAAUCCCCAACUGAUGAGGGAGUUCAACACAACACUCGUGGUAAAAGAGUUCGUCGUAGUAGUCGUUGA